AUGACGAAGGCUCAACUCCAAUGGUACGACUGCGACAGUGUGGCCGACUAUCGCCGUUUUCGAAGGGAGGGCAGCCAUGGCUUCCCCAAGCCAGUUUUAAAUCCCGCCGCCAUCAACUUCACCAUUCCCUCUAGUCACGGCGAGCAUAGUAUACCCCUGCGGAAGAUAUUGCCCUCAGGGAACACUUCUGUGAAGGGCGUCUAUCUACAUUUCCACGGCGGCGGAUUCGUAAUCGGCUCUUCCGCCGCACAUGAUAGCCUUCUCAGUAAGCUAGCUACAGACCUCAGCCUUACCGUGGUAAGCGUCGAGUACAGAAAGGCCCCCGAGUCGAUCUUCCCCAGCAUGGUCGAAGACUGUGUUGACGCUGCCCUGUACGCUCUCUCCGACGAAGGCCGUCAAAAGCUCGGUGGCCCCUUAACUGUCAUGAGCGGCGAGAGUGCCGGAGCGUACCUGACCGUCUUGACCGCCAUCAAGCUCCGCGACAACGGCGUCGACGUUCGCGCGCAGAUCAAAGCUCUGGCGCCCUGCUACGGUAUCUUCGAUCUCACAUAUCUACCAUCAUUGCGCGCGCACCAGCGCCGAGCCCUACUGGGACAGGAGGACACGUAUAGGUUCAUUGAUACGGCGUUCCCACCCUCAGUGUUCCCGCCAGAAAAGCGGAAAAGCGGGGACGUCUCGCCGCUGUAUGCACAGCUGGAGGGGCUCCCGCCGGCGUUGUUCCUUGUGGGCACGGCGGAUCCGCUACUGGAUGACUCGGUAUUCAUGGCAUCGAGAUGGACGCUUGCCGGGAACGAGGCAAAGCUUGUCAUCGUCCCGGAGGCGGUCCAUGGCUUUACCCUGAUGCCUACUGAGGUGGCGGAGGAGGGCAUUCGUGAUGUGAUGGAGUUUUUGAAAGAGCAUAUUUAA